AUGGCAGUUCCCUACUUUUCAGACCUGAUGACUUUUCUUGGCGCCGUAGCCAAUACGAUGCUGAUCUUUGUGUUCCCAGUAGUGUUUUACUACAAGAUAUUUGGCCUGCAAGGACGUAGUAUAACGGAACUGGUUUUUGGAGCUACUAUUAUAUUUAUUGGGAUAUUAGGUGGAAGCAUUGGUGGAUAUGAGUCGUUGAUGGCUUUAUAUCGCGAUGUGAUGGGUGAAGGUGUAUAG